ACUUUCCUUCUUCAGUUCUUCCGCGACAGCGCGGGAUUCCUCUUCUUCCUCCCGAGUCUGACUCCGUCUUGUCUUCGCGAGUUCUAAGAUUCUGGAAUUUCGCUUCACUUCACUGAUUCGCUUUCCUGAAGAGGACUGCACAAAUUUGGGCUUCGAUUUCUCAGUUCCGCAAAGCUGGAUAGGCAUAGAGAAGACCGCUAUGGUUCCGACCAAGAUUCCCACCCGUACCGUCACUCUGCAGCUCCUUCUCGCUUCUCGGACUCCCCGAUGAACCAUCAAGACAGUCGCUGGAGCCCCAAUAACUUCCGUGGCGGCGUUGCCGGAGGUAACCGUCGGCCUUUCGACAGCCCGCCGCGCUUCUCUACUCCCGGUGCUGCUAAUUUUCGCCCAAUGGGAACUGGCGGGGGGUUCCGUCCAAUUCCUGGUACUGGCGGUGGUUUUGGGUCCAGUUUCCAGCCGCUUCCUGUUGCAGGACAGAAACGGGGCUAUCCUUUCGCCGGCCGUGGAAGUUCUCCAGAUCAUUCGGACAGAAGCAGUUUUGCCAAGCUGUUUGUUGGAUCCGUUCCAAGGACAGUUACAGAAGAAGAUAUUCGCCCAUUGUUUGAAGAACAUGGAAAUGUGAUUGAAGUAGCUUUGAUAAAGGAUAAGAGAACAGGCCAGCAACAAGGAUGUUGUUUUGUAAAAUAUACAACCCCAGAAGAAGCUGAUAGAGCAAUUAGGAACUUGCACAAUCAACAUACCCUUCCUGGGGGAGCAGGCCCAAUUCAAGUUCGAUAUGCUGAUGGAGAGCAGGAGCGUCUCGGUGCAGUUGAGUACAAAUUGUUUGUUGGUUCAUUAAAUAAACAAGCCACAGAAAAAGAAGUCAAGGAAAUCUUUUCUCCAUAUGGAGUAGUUGACGAUGUUUACCUCAUGCGGGAUGAAAUGAAACAGAGUCGUGGGUGUGGAUUUGUGAAGUAUUCACAAAAGGAUAUGGCACUGGCGGCUAUAAAUGCACUUAAUGGAAGGUUUACAAUGGGAGGUUGUGAUCAACCAUUAAGCGUUCGCUUUGCUGACCCAAAGAAGCCUAGAUCUGGAGAUUCAAGGGGCACUCCUGCAUUUGGAGGUCCGGGUUUUGGUUCUCGCUUUCAAGCACCAGGUCCGAGCAGACCAAUGCCUAAUUUUGGUGAAUUUAUGGGUGAUCGAGUUCCAAUUGAUGUACGAGGUUUCAGGCCACCUGUUGAUGCUGGUGCUUUUCCCUUUGGGGGUCAGUUGCCUCCUAGGUCCAGUGAAAUGGGACUGCCUUUGAACUUGGGUGGUCCUGGUAGUGGGUUUAGAGGUUCCAAUCCUGGGUUAGCCUCUCCAGCAUCCUCUGCUUCUCAACAGUCUGCCAGCCAGCAUCCAUCACUUGGCCUCCAAGCGUCGCCCGUGCUAAAGGCCGUUCAGUCAACAACACAGUUGCCACCUUCAAGUCAAUUGCACCCUCAUGGUCCUUCCUAUUCUCAGCCACAUUCAACUGCAGCAUUAGCACAACAGCAUAAUCAACCACAAAUUUUCAACUCUUCUGGUCAACUGCCAUUCAGUCUGCCCGCACCUUCCCAAGAGUUACCUAGCAUUGGUGCACAGUUUCCGGUAUCUCAGGCUAUGGUCCAGCCGGGUGCCUCAUCAGCUGCCCCUAAUCAACAGCAACGUCCUACACCGAUUCAGCCACGGCAGAAUUCACCUUCUCAGUUAGCACACAUGUUGUCACAACAAAAACAAACUCUCCAUGCUAGUUUUCAGUCUUCCCAGCAGGCAUUCUCUCAGCUACAGCAGCAGUUGCAGUCGAUACAACCAUCGAAUCAAAGCUCAACGUUGCAGCCGAGUUCCCGGACUAUUAAUCAGCAGUCUCACUGGACAGGGGUUGUGCCACACACAGCUACCAGUGCCACUUCUGCAACAUCAGAUACACAUAAAUCUACAGUUCCUCCUGUAGCUAUAAAUACCAGCAAUUGGACAGAGCACACUUCUCCUGAUGGUUAUAAAUACUAUUAUAAUAGUGUUACUGGUGAGAGUAAGUGGGAGAGACCUCAAGAGCUUUCGGCGAUCGAGCAACAACAAAAGCCACCAGUAAUGCAGCCUCUUAACCAGUCACGUCCUCAACUACUACCUACCCAGCAACUCUCUCAAACUCCCCAAGCCCAGCUUCAAACUCGGUUCCAGACACCGACGCCCCACCCUCAGCUGGUACAGCAACCUUCAUUUCAUUCACAGGAAGGCACUUAUACAAAAUUGCAGACAGCUAAUAGCUCGGUAAAUGAUCCUACUCGCUUCCACCAGGGACUUCAAGCAAGUCAUGAAUGGGCAUGGAAGAAUAAAUAAUCAACAGGAGCUCGAAAUGGAUCAAUGAGAUCUACAGGUCAGCUGGUGCAUCUGCCAUUGAAGUUGUGAGAUGAAGAUAUUAGGCUGCUGCUGCUGCCUUGAAGUUCUAAGGCAGAGAACAGCUUUGUAAGGUACAAAAACCACAUAUAGGAUGAUAUUCUGUUGCAGUUAAUAGCGUGGCACUGUAGAGAACAUUUAAAUGCAUCGGCUUAGUUACAACAUAAUGUUAUGAAUGUAUCAUAUUGCUAAAAAUCUAUGUAUUGCUCAUAAACUUGUAUGUCCUUAUAUAUUACAUCUUAGUUUCUCAGCAGAUACGGGCGGCUCUUUUGUUUCAUUACAUCUUAGAAAUUGGAGUUGAAGAGAAUAUGUAGACUUUCUUUU